AUGAUAGCGCAAGAGUGGCGUGAGUGGGUUAUGGACAAGUUUCAGCAUAUUGAAUUUCCAGAUCUUCGGCACAAGGAAUGCAUCGCUCAGCGGAUUGCGUGGAUAAGUGAUGCCAGGGAGGUUGGCAGGAUGGAGAUAGUCCAGCUGCGCUAUUCAACUGGCUGGGAUGAAUCUGCCGAGCUGUCUUUAUUGCAAGUUCUCCGUCAGAUUGGGCGAGAACUUCGCAGCAUCCAUGACAAGUGGCGAUACUUCCAGCUGCAGCAGGGAUUUGCCAGACAAGCAGGGAUUAUUUGUGGAUUCUUGGUCCAGCUAAUACGCUGUGGUGUUCGCUUCUUGCACAAGCUCCUCAACCAGGACGAGCUCCGGUUGAAGGAUGCUGCUGAAGGCAUUGGCAAAGAUCCAGGCUAUUGCUGCUGCUUCGGGAUCCACAAAUGGUAUGCCAACUCACUGUACACGCAGAUUGCAGCGUGGGCCGACGAUGUGAGCCUGUGGGAUCCGACAUUUCCGGUUGGAUAUCUUGCUCGUUUCUUCAACGACGACAAAGUGAGCGAAAUCGAGGCGAACGUCUCGCACCUUAUCAGGAAGCCUGCCGUGAGCCCUUUUGCUCCGUGGAAUGAAGAUGUCAUGAGCCCAGACGAGAAGAAGCUGGCCGACGAUGUGUUGUGGGGACUGAAGUCAGAAGCGUUUGGACUGGAGGAUCGUAACCUCAGAGUGAUGGUUCAAAGGAGCGCAACGCUCUUUACAGAGCUGAAGUGUCUGACAGAAUGUGCCAUGGUACUCCAGACGUUGAUGACAUUCUCUGGGCUUGGCGGCACAUUGUUCUUGACCAACAAACUGAGCUCUCAGCAUGUCGUCGAAGUGAUGGAGUUCGUCUGUGCCCGGCCGAGAUUGGGCCGAAAUGACGUCAUCGCCAUUGGCGACAUUGCAGAGGCCGGCUGGUCAUACCUUCGCCGCACCGGCGUGGAGUCGAUGUGGUCCAACUCGAGCCCGGUUGACAAUGCACGGCUGGGUCUUCGCGUAAGAAGCGACAUGCAUGCGAUCGUCAAGGAAGUCAGGUACUAUUGCCAGGGCGUGCAGGCCGAAACAAUUUCAGCUGCCGAAAUGCAGCAAAAUGAAAUCGAGGAAGAGAUCACACAAGAAGUCAACUUGUACGAACGACUCUGGAAAAUCGUCCAUUCACGCUUCGACAAGACUGGCGAAGGCGCAACGGCUGCAGCUGUUCAGACGGCUGGCUUGCGGCUCUGUGCAAUUCAGGGGCGGGGUGCCGUCAUCAGCAUGAAUUUUGUGUGGUGUGAUGAUCGGCUGGACUGCUGCAAGCAGGCUUGGUUGCAUUUCGGCAACGGCUGGGGAAUCAUCGAUGCAUCUGGUCGUUCCUUAUACGAUACAGAUCUCCACGCGCUGGCAGGUGGCAAUAAGAUGACAGAUGCAGGGUUCCAAGAGGUGCUGGCGCUGCUGCAGCAGUUCCGAUCGCAUGUGGGCAGGGAGGGCCGUACGAGAUGGCAGAGUUCUGAGUCUUGCGAGCUCGAGGAAGCAGAUGGAACCCUGCAGCUGGAGUCUCUCAACGUGGCAUCCAACACAAUGCUCCACUUCCGAGAGGCUGGCCUUGUUCAGUCGCUGCCUACAUCUAUUGCAUCUCUGACUGCUUUGACUGCCUUGGACAUCUCCUUCGUGCCGUUUAACGGCAGAAUUGCAGUGAGCCUCGCACGCUCGCUGGCAAAGUCCUGUGCAGUGCUCCGGAACCUGAGCCUUGCGGGCUGCGGCUUGGGCUUGUGCGGGCAGGCCGAUUGUGUCGCGCUUGCAUCUCUUCUUGGUGACUGCUCGCAGCCCGAAGAGGCCGGCUUCCAGGGCCUCGAACGUGCCGACUUCUCCGGGAACUUCUUCGGUGGUGCGGGCUUUGCUGCUGCAGCGAUGGCUGUGGGGCGCUCCAGGAUCCGGAGCCUCGCGUUCGCCGGGAACAGCAACCCACCCUCCAGUGACAUGAGCCCUGCGGAAUGGUCCGCCCUCCUCCUCCUCAGGCAGCGAUCUCCAGAGAGAGAGGUGGACAAAGUGCGAGCCCUCGAGAGGGAACCGGCCCCGGCCAUUCAGAUCGCCUUGGCCGCCGGGCACAACCCACUGCAGCUGUUCUUGGAGGGGCUCCAGGCAAACAGCACGUUGGAGGAGCUGGACGUCUCGAGCUGCAGCAUGGGUGCCGAUUCUGCCUGGGUACUGCAGGAGGCCUUGCGCCGUCAUCAGAAGUUGAAGCAGUUACGUCUUUGUGACAAUCCAUUGGGCGAGCAAGGACUGAGAUAUGUGCUGCGUCUCAUUACGGAGAUGGACCAGCACUUGCAAGGUGCGGACAUCAGUGGCCAUCGAGAGUCGGACAUCAGAUGCCCAGCUGUCAAGUAUCGGCACGCCCAACCAUCCGGAAAUUACAGGCUCAAUCUCGGCCUGCCGACAGACCGUGCGAUUCUGCGGAUGCUGCUGUGCCACGCCACUCGCCUGCCCUCAGUGGAGAAGGACGCGAAGGGGCGUUGGCUGGUCCCCACUGCGGGCUCGUGGAACGUCACGUAUGCACCGCCCCUUUCUGAAGCCAGCUACAUGCAGUUGAAGGAGGCAGCAGCGGAAGACGUGCAUAAGCCCGAGAUCGAACAGGCGCCUCCUCCGCCAGCGAGCCCUCGGGGCAGAUCUCAGGUCGGUCGAGCAAAACUUGAUGCUUCAGGCUCUCAGGCGCUGUCAAUCCCCCAGGUGCCGCCGAUGUCUCAUGGUACUGGGCACCACGGCUCUGUCGCCAACGUCAUGGAAGGGCCCCAAGCCCAAGUGGAGAAGGAGAAGCAGCGAGUGGUCCUUGCUCCAGGGCUCCCAGGCACACCGGAGGGAGAUUGGAUGGAAGUGCACGACCUGAUCCAGGACUGCCGUGCUAAGGUCAGGGCCCCUGCCUUCAACCUCUUCAAGCAAGCCCUUACGGUGAUGGUGACGGAUGAGGAACGCCUCCGCUUCGCAAGGGCCUUGGGGAAGGAGCUUUGGUUUACCGAGGCACAGGUCAAAGUCUUGACAGAGACCAGCGCUGAAAUGGCAGUACAACUCGUGUGCUUCUUGUUUCCAGCGCUGCGAAGCCGGAGGUUCCAGUUGGCACUCGUGCAGCAGAUCACAGAGCCCUCGAAGAUGACAAAGGUAUGCGACUCGGUCCGUCAUCUGCUUUGGUUCCAGGACACCAACCCCACUGGCAGUUACAAUCUGGACUUGUCUACUCCAGUUGACUACGCCCUGGCAGAAUGCUGCCUUCUCGUGAAUGCCUGGGAGUCCGAGUCUGCCAGAUGCGCUGGUCGUCCGGACCUUUCACAAUCAGGAAACUUUGAGAUGAUACGCAAUGAGGCCUACAAUGAUGUCCCGUUCGUGUACUCCAAGGACUGGUUGCUGCCGUCGUCUGGCUGGUUUCGCUUUGAAUACUCAUCAACGAGACGCCCUCCUCCAGAUGCAACAACCAUGAACGAGGUUUCGGAGAUUACCCGUCUCUUGAGGAACAAGGACCUCAGCAGCCAGUCGCAGCUGCAGGCCCUGAGAGCAGCCUCAGUGCACCUGUUCAUCUCCAGUAACCAAUGUAGAGCCUUGGUCCAGUGCUUCCCAUCUGCACCAGAAUCGUCGUCGCAAGAUGCUGUGAACAGUGGGACAGACGAGUCGCCAGAUCGACAAGAAGCCUUUUGUAUUCUGCACACUCGCGUGGUGGACCGAGAGCGUCUGCUGGGUCCCGAAGUGGUAUAUUCACCGGUUGUUGUGCAGCAGAUCGGCAUGGGCCACCGUGGGACCUCUGUGUUGGUCAGAGGAGGCAUGUUCAAGACUGGCGAGCUGGAGAUGAAGAGUGCGGAGGC